CGGGAAUGAAUCAUUUCUGCGGGUUCAGAGGAGAAACACAUUACUGCUGCUGGUGUUGCAGCAUAAACAGGUUGCCUUUUAGUUUUAGUUUUUACCUCUAUUAAAGAAAUUCUAAUUUUCCUGGGAUAAAUCCAACCAAUAAAUGAUGUGUCAUUAAAGAAGCAGGUUUGUUAAUUAAUGAAAACAAAGUAAAACUGAAUAAAAAUGUCAUUCUGGAAUCUAUUAGCAGAGAUUUCUGUCUGGGGACAGAUGGACAGUGCGUUUGGACUUCAUAACCCGACAUAGUGUGUUGAUGAUGGAGUCAGGACUCCUCUUCUGGGACAUUCAGAAGGACUUUGGGUUAUCAACAUCCUGCUUCUGAUAAACUCCAUCAGUUUAUCCCAUAAACUUGGAUUUUAUUUUUUCUGAGCCGAUUUCUCUCAUGAGAAGCCUUCAUAAGAUCUUCAUCCUCCAAAACCGGAGCAGAGAGCUUCUCCUCACAGCUCCCUGCAGUCUCAUGUUUUCCUUAUUUGGACGGUUUUCCAGCUGCUGGGACUCUUGGUUGCAGGGAUUUGGCCAAUCUGUCUGAUUUAUCAAGUCUGAUUUCAUGCUGCUUUGCGUCACUACUGAACUGUCCAGCAGGGGGCGGUAAUGAAGGAGCCCAUGCAAUAAAAACUCACAGGCAGCAGUUGGCAGCACAGAGUCCCCAGGUGAAGAUCAGGUGAGGUGGGAGGUCUACACUGGAGCUGCGCAGGAGCAGGAGAUGAUAGAGGCACCAUGUUCCCUCAGAGCCACUGUGAGGAACGAUCCUUUCCUCUGGAGGAGGUUCAACUUCUCGCUGCCAGUGCUUCAGUGGGCUGGAAGUUUGUCCAGAUCAUCCUGGAUGCAGCUGAAGAGCCGACCACCUCCAUACGGCUGGAAGGGACUUCCUGGUAACGUCCUGGAGGCCAGCCUGUCCCUCCUCAACAGCUCCCGGCUUUUUGGUCGGGAAUCACCUGGCAGGUGUGUCCGCUGUGCCGUGGUUGGAAACGGAGGAAUUCUUCGAGGGUCCCGGCAAGGCAGGAACAUCGACGGCCAUGAUUUGGUCUUCAGAAUGAAUGGAGCAGUGAUCAGAGGGUUUGAAGAAGAUGUGGGGACGAAGAUUUCUUUCUACGGUUUUACCACCAACACCCUGAAGCACGCCCUCAGCUGGUACCAUUCUGAUGGCUUCACCAGAGUUCCUCAGAGUUCGGAGAUCAAAUACAUCUUCAUCCCAUCUAACAUCAGAGAUUAUGUGAUGAUGGCGGCCGUUCUUCAGGGUGGAACUGUUGCCUCAGGGAGAGACAGAGGAGACAGACCCUGGGACUAUUUUGGGCACAAACUACCUGGAAGCUUCAAGAUGCUCCACCCACAGUUUAUUUCCUAUGUGACUCACAGUUUUCUGAUGUCUCCUCUGAUGACCAGCAGCCUGACUCGUGACUUCUACAUGCCGAGUACCGGAGCUCUGAUGCUGCUGACGGCCUUACACACCUGUGACCAGGUUUCUGCUUACGGCUUCAUCACCAGGAACUACCUCGACUUCUCCGACCAUUACUAUGACUCCGUGCCGAGGCCUCUGAGGUUUUAUGCCAACCACGACCUGCAGUUGGAGAGUCGCCUGUGGGAGGCGCUACACCGCCGGAGUGUGCUCUGGUUGUUCCAGAGAGGAGGAAGACAACGAGGAGGAGGAAGGUGACUGAGGAGGUGUCCAACAGUUCGGGUCGUCUCCAGCGGUUGGGGACAGGCCAGUCCAGCAGCUGUACCCUCCUCCUACCAUCCCAGAGCCGGGCUGCAACGACUGGUUGCUGGAUGCUCCUUCUCCACCAAACAUCUGGAGAACUGAUCCAUCUGACCUAUGUUCCCACUGUGGGAUGGACCAUCUUAGAGAAGCUGACUCCUCCUCUGAGGCUUCUUCUAUGCGCAUUAAAGUCUAUGAAUGUAACUCUGGGUUGUAGAGCUGGAUGAAGGUUCUCCAAACUAAUUCUGCUCCAUGAGGUUCUUCCAGGAGGUGAUGAAUUGAUGUUCUGGAUGGGAAACUGUUUGAGGGAUCAGAGAUCACUGCGGUCCAGCUGAUGCUACUUCCUGAUAUUCCUCCUGGUUCCUAAGAUGGUUUCAGAAUGUUCUGCUCCACCGAGGGAGAAGCAUAAAGAUCCUUAAUGUGGUUCUCAAAGGAAUUUUGUUUCUAAUUUAACUGGGAUUUUUAUAACUCUGUGAUUUUUCAUGUUUCUGAAAUAGCUAUUUUUACUGGGUCUGUGGAAGCCUGACAUGCUGGGAUGGGUGUGAGCAGAUGAGAUGAUGUUGAGAUGUUUAGAGGAAUGAAGGAAACAAGGAUUCUGCUCCAACAUUUCUUUGUAUUUGGGAAUAUUUUAUAGAAAUGAAGCUAAAUAAAAAACGUGUUUCUUUUCCACAGAUGUUCUUUGUUUCCUCAUUAAUAACAGUGGGGAAAGUGGCUGUAAGAGGAGGUGGUGAGAAGGUAACUGAUGUUUAACCAAAGCUCUGCAGACCAAGCACCGCACAACAGGAAAAGGACUGGUUGAGCUUUCAAAAUAAAAUAAUAAACCCA